GCUAACAAACAAGUAAAUUUUCAUGUUUAGUCGCUCGUGAAAAUAUUCCUCGCCAACUAUUUGCAUAAAGUUUUCGAAGUAAUUCGUGCUACAGCUCAGGUUGGAUUUGUUGGAGUUUAUAACCAGUAUAUGGUUGUGAAAAACAGCCGAAAUGUUGUGUUUUCGUAGUUUUGCACUUGUGUUGAUUGUUGCACAAACUUUGCCGUCUCCAUCUUCGCAAGCACUUGACGAACCGAGACUUUUGGACAACAUCGAGUUUCCACCGAUUUUCGUUCCUUCCAAGGAUCCUUUGGCUAGGGCAGGUCAUCUCAGGCCAUUUGGCUACCAAAAGCCACCAAACGGACCUGUGAUUGAGUAUGAUUACGUACUAAGACCGCAAGAGUUCUGGGAGAAACACGUUCACGAAAACUUGCCGUUAGUAUUCCGUCAUGGAGUCGCCGAGUCGCCUGCCAUCGCGAACUGGAAGGACGAAUACCUCAAGGAAAAAUACGGAGAUUUAGAUGUCCUUAUCGAAGGGAAAAGGGAGAAUAGAACGCAUGGUAAAACCCAGAGAAUGUUACUUGGCGAUUUUAUUGACAGAUACCGGAAAGACGACUUGUACGUUGUUACUGUUAUGCCAGACCCCAUGCUAGCAGAAGUGCAGGUCCCCCCUGCUAUCAUGUGUGGCACGUUUGCUAAAUUCCUACACGAGACUAAUCUGUGGAUUGGUUCUGGGGGGACACGCUCUGUUAUUCACUACGAUGCUGAUCACAACAUCCACUGCAUGAUGGCAGGGAGAAAAGACUUCAUCAUGAUUCAUCAGAAGUUCAAGCAGCAGCUAAAACUUGGGAAGUUUCCACAAUUUGGAUCUGGUUUCUCUAUGGUGAACCCUGAUGAAAUCAACCUGGAUUUGUACCCAAACAUAAGUGAUGUGGAAUGGACAUAUGCUACUAUCAAUGAUGGCGAUUGCAUCUUUCUACCAUCAGGCUACAUCCAUCAGGUUCGCUCGUACGGGCGCAGCAUCUCCGCAACCAUGCUCUUCACGGCUUCCGUUGACAACACCUUCGAGGCUGACGGGUGUGAGAACGAGACCUUUGAAUACAAACCACUGAGUGAGAUGCGAGUGCACUGGACAUAUAAGAAGGGAGACAAGGUCGUACCCAUGGGAUACCAGAACGUGGAAAACUUCCGCCAUAACAUAAUAAGACAAAUGGGCGAGGUGGGGGUCACUCAACUCACCGCUGAUCUUUUUCAACGUUUCAUCGAUGAAACAUUCGAGCUUGAGGAAGAUGACGAGAGAAAGUUGAAGCGUGACCCGGUAAAGUUGUUCGCCAAAUAUCUAGAUAAGGAGAAAAAGGGCUUUGUGACGGUUGAAGAUAUCAAGAACGUGCCAUUUGACAAUCUCAAAGCGAUCGCUCUUCGAUGCGAGCCUCCACAUGGACCCAUACACGGUGAGCUAAACGAACCAGACGUGCGGAGAGAUGACGCAGAGGAUGAAGAUGAGGUCGAAGAACCAUUGGAUCUCAGGGAAGACCACGAGAGAAAAGGAAGAGACACUAGUGAAUUUCACUAUGAACUGUGAACUGAUAGAAACAGGAAUGAAUUAAUGUCUAAGGCCUAGCUUGAACACCGUUUUUUAUGUAACGUCCUAAAUCAGGGCCGUAGCAGCCUCCAAAUAUUGGAGGGGCACAAUACAGAAACAUUAAGAAAAUAUUGGGGGGGGGGCACAUCCAUGCCCAUACUGGUCAUUUUCUUUUAUUUUUCCAUAAUAUUAGGGGACACGUUCCCCCAGUGCCCCACCCCCUGCUACGACCAUUUAAAUGUAAAUGCGUGAAAAUUAAGAUGAAACAAACGACUUCCUUUAUUUUCAUGCAUUAACAUUUGGAACGGUUCACGAAAACAAUGGCGUCUAAUAUACGUGAGUUCCAUUUUCUGGGCUAACAGGCUUUCAAAGGUUAAGUUCCUACUCUUUACCUAAUACGUAAUAGUUUCUAGUAUUUUGCAUUUUUAAGUUAACGUCACAAUAUAAAUUUAUAAAUUGUCCUAAAAAUAUUUAUCUUCCAAGAAAAUGAAUAAAAGAUAAGAAACUAAA